UAGACUACGUGUUUUGGGCCUGUAGAACUUUGAACAUCAUAUGAAAUUGUGUUUUUAAACCUCAACCAAAGAGCUGAAAUUUAGAUUUCAUAAUCCUGAACAGUACUAUCUUUCCAGAGAAGCAUCAGCACCCACAGUGGGGAUAUAAACUGUAUAUCCAGUUCAAUGAACAGCUACCACAGAGGGUCACAUUACAGCAGAUCCAGGAAGCAUCUGGUUUACUGUUUUGAUUCUUAAAGUACAUGACAUGGAUACUACAAACGUGCUUGCUGUUGCAACCCUUGGAAGACAACUUCAUUUGGGGAUGUUGUAUGACUGCUGCAAUGAUUCCUUCAUUCCAGGAGUCUACCUGUGGGACAUGGACAAAAUAGAGAAGAACAGGAUUGUGAGCCAGAGCCCACAAACAUCUUUCAAAAUAGUUUUGUCUGACUCGCUGGAAGAAAAAGAAAAAAUGUUACAAAUAAGUUCCUCUCUUAGUGCGAGCGUACAUGCAGCGUUAGUAAACACGGAGGGUUCAGCCAGUUACUUGAAUGACAGCUCAUCUUCUAUGCAUGAGUGCAGAGUGACUGUCCAGUACAGUGUGAGGACCAAGACGGAGCAUCUUAACUUGAGCCAAAUGGGAAGCGCGAUCAACAGAAAUACUGAAGACCCGGACUUCAGUGCCACUCAUGUCGUUAUUCAGGUAGAAUACGGUGCAGAAGCGCUCAUGGUGUUCAGUGAAUCAGCAUCAGACGAGCAAAAAAAACAAGAUAUUCAAGCAAGCAUGAAACUCAUGGUGAAUAAUAUUGGCUUGUUAAAUAUCAGUGCUGAGGGAAAGGUUCAAAUGACUGAUGAAGAAAGGAAGAAAGUGCAGAACUUCAACUGCACCUUCCAUGGUGAUUUUGUAUUGGAAAACAACCCAGCCAACUUUGAAGAGGCAGUAAAAGUCUACAAAGAACUCCACAAACUGCUCGGGCCAAAUAAGGAGAAUGUGGUGCCCAAGAAAGUCUGGCUCGUCCCAUUAAAAGAACUUGUGCCUUCGGCUCCAGAGGUCAAGCACAAAGUCAGCGAAAUCAACUGCAUUAAAUUACGGAAUAUAAUGGAGCAGCUGAACAGCACGAAAAUGAGAGCAAAUGACAUUUCUAAAGAGAGUGACUCCAUUCGGGCCACUGACAUCACUAAGAAGAUGAAAGAUUUUGGAGAAAACCUUCAGAAAUACAUGCUUGUGUGGAAAGACAACCUCUUCAAACUCCUCCCUAAAAUCAGGAAGGGAGCAGAGAAGGAAGAAAGGCUGGAGAAGAUGUUCAGUCUUCAUGAAGAAUCACCCUUUGGGCCCAGCAAAAUGGACGCCUGGCUGAAAGAAAGGGAGACUGAACUCAGCGUCGUCAAAACGUACAUUAAGGAUAUUCAGUCAAGGAGGCCAAAUGUUCAGAUCGUAGCUCAUGAAGACUUAGACAAAGUGCUGUUUGAUCCUAAUAAACACAAGGUAGGGGUGUUUGGGUUCAACUCUCUUGGAGAAGAUGACCCUUACCUGGACUCCCUCAGGGUUUGCCUGGACUCAGAGAAGUUCACUACAAUGGAAUGUUUACCCUCUGAUCUGCAAACGUUGGUCAAAGACAAAACUCCUUGGUACAGAUCUCCUGAAGUCUCACAGACCAUGAGAGAUUCUUUUGAUAAGUUUUGUUUGGGUGAAUCGCCUUUGUCAUCUUUAGUGUCAUCUCUGUUCUGUCACAUCAUCAGCUACUUCCACUAUCCGUAUAUUGCAGGUGCUUCUGUGAGAAGAUAUUCAAAUGGGACAUUGUUUUGCAUAAACACCCUAAAAAAAUAUGAGGUGGUAGACAUCAGUGCAAACACUAUUACACUGAGACAGUGUGGAGAUUCUAUUAUUUUAAGAGUUAUAUGCAAAAAAUCGGAUGAUGGAGGCGAUCCACAGGAGCAGAACUUGCGGCUAUUGAAAAAACAAAUCCUGGUGAUCUCAGACCUGCUGCCCAACACCAAGUAUGAAAUCCAGGUUUUCUCUGAAUUUCCACCUUCUGAAGUCAAACAUGUGAAGGUACAGAAAAUUCAUUUGUUUGUAAUUUCUAUUACACUAUUAACACUAGUCAGUACCGUCAGUAGUGAAAUAGUGAGGAUUCACUCUUUUAACUUUGUGACUAAUUCUGUGAUUUGCAUUACAGCCAUUCACAUUUGUGACCAAACCAAACUGAACCAUCGGCUCCCCAAGACAAAGAGACACAACAGCUCCUUAUUGAAGAUUCUUGUUUUACUACAGUGGAGUCUUUCUUCUGUAACUGAAUCUCCUUUUUUGUAGGGAACUGUUAAGUCUCUCCAUAAUGUUACACUGAAUUUACUGUUUUCAGGAUUUUCUGUUUGGCUGCUUUGUUCUCUGUAAACUUUUC